CCGGGCCGACGGCCCCAGCACACACUAGCGACGCUCUAGCCGCACUCUCUCUAAGGCAAGAGGGCGGCCUUGCAGCCACCGGAGGGUGUCCAGAACUCUACCCCCAGAGAAGGCCGUACCUGCGUGCACGCAGCUUGUAGGUACCAGUCAUGGCGCAGCUCCCGAAGCUCGCAGUCUUCGACCUGGAUUACACGCUCUGGCCAUUCUGGGUGGACACGAACGUAGACCCCCCGUUCCAUAAGAGCAGUGAUGGAACUGUACGAGAUAGCCGGGGCCAGAUCAUCCGACUGUACCCGGAGGUUCCAGUGGUCUUGGAACGAUUUCGCGGCCUUGGGGUGCCCAUCGCUGCAGCUUCACGGACAGGUGAGACUAAAGCGGCCAACCAGUUACUGGAGCUCUUUGACUUUGUCAGACACUUUGUUCAUCGGGAAAUCUAUCCAGGCAGCAAGGUUGCACACUUUGAGAGAUUGCAGCAGAAGACUGGAGUUCCUUUCUCCCAGAUGAUCUUCUUUGAUGAUGAGAAGCGGAAUAUUGUAGAUGUCAGCAAACUGGGUACUGAGUGGUGUUACCUGCAUUCAUGUCCAGAAUGGAAUGAGUCUUCAAACCCUAACUCAGGGAUUAGAGACAUUUGCAAAGGCCCAAGCUGGACCCUGAGGUCCAAUCCUGUGGAUGAGCCUCAUUUGAGGCAUACAACUGAAAGAAAUCAGGAAGGCAUUUUCAGAUGCAUUUGUAAAUUAUUAAAAUGUAUUCAUGUGUGACAAAACAAAUCUUA